AUGGCUUCCUCAUCUUUCACAUCAAAGGACAGGGAGCGGAAGAAGCCCAAGUCGCCGUUCCCCUCUAGAUUACCGUCGAGUGCCAGAGACGCGGACAAUCAAAGCGCCUCCUUCUCCUCCUCCUUCCACACAAAGCCAAGCAGCAGCAAGGCCCCGGCAUCCAUCAUGCCACCCUCAAGAGCGUUCCGCGACGACCCUGUCCCUGCCGCCGCCAAGCCAAAGCCGCCAAAGACGAUCGACGAGGACGACGACGAGGAUGUCCCCGAGCCCGACUGGAGCACAUUCACCGACACCACCCCCCGGGUAUCCCAGGAGACGCCUUAUGAGGAGGUCAGGAUAGCGCCGCCGGGGGCCAAGAGCGUGCUCCCGACGACCGAGAAUGCGGAGGUGGCUGCUGCGCGGCAGCUCCCGAUCGCCCGCACGAUAGCUCCGAAGGAACACACGGCGCCGGAGCGGCGGGCUGCCCAAAUGGUAGCGACGAUGGCGCACUGUCCCGCGAACCGGGGCUGGCACCGUGUAAGUCGGGAUGGAGGCUAUCGGUGUGCCAGCGGCGCACCCUUCGUCACGCAUCGGCUUCUCGCUGAGGGUCGGGCCGGGCUCUACCUGUAUUCCUUUCGCUGCGAGGAUGAGUCUGCGGCGGCCGGCACGAUGGCUCGCGGGCUGGUGGACCCGGACCCGGACUCGGGCUUGGGCACGAAUAUGAAUCUGGAUGAGGAUAUGGGGAGCCGCGACCGCCACCGCCACCGCCACCGCCGCCGUCGCCGGCCCCGGCUGCCGCUCGACACGGGGGACUACGCGCUCACGGGUCCUGACGACUCGGCCUUUGCCACGCUGCAUGGCCCCUACUAUCCUGACCCGCGGCACAGCACGCCGGGGAAGUACGUGUACGGCGGGCCUCUGCCGAAGCGAUCGCCCGACGUCCCCGACGGCUGGGUCCGGCAUGCCCACGCCGAUCAGAGCGGCCAGCAUCAGUUCUUCUACGUGCAGGCCGAUGGCGAGCUGUGGUUUCCCGAUCGGCUCAUCCUCAGGGUCAUCAGCAGCCGGAGGUUCUGGUUCCAGAUCUAUGGCACGCUGGAGGGGUAUCGGGACUGGCAACACUAUUUCGUGUAG